AUGGCGUAUUUUGGGCUUCACGACGCGUUGAAGAAAUACGCCCCAGAAGGCGGAGACGAAGAGAAAAAUGCCAGGGACUCGCACGGCCGUACCCCUCUGAGUUGGGCAGCGGCUAGGGGGUACCUCGAUGUGGCAAAGCUGUUGAUUUCUUUCAAUAUCGUCGACUCUGACGUAAACUCGUGGACGCCCUUGUUCUGGGCCGUAAAGAAUGGCUGCGCCGCGGCUGCGGCUCUUCUCAUCGACAAAGUCGAAAACAUCAAUCACGCAGACAAAGAUGGACGCACUGCGCUUCACGAGGCAGUCAUGAAUGGAAAAGAAAACCUAGUAUCUAUGUUCCUGGGAAAAUCCACCAUCAGAGCCGACAUGCGUGACAAAGACGACAAGACGCCUCUCCUCAUG